AUGGCCUUGGCACUUGCUGCAGCGGCUGCAGAUGCGCCGGGCGCGCUCCUGCCACAUAUGCGCCUGCCCCCUGCGGCGGCAGAAACCAUGGAGGUCGCCGGGCCCUGCCGCUGGUCCGGACCGCCCCUGAACAGUCCACCUGACGGCUACUGCUUUCUGUAUGCUUGGCUGGCUUCUCUCGAGCCCGAGAGAUGGCAAGCUGUCGCGAAAGACAGCAUGGGUUUCAUCGUGGACGCCGAAGAAGAAGGGAUCUGGAAGGCAAAGGCCCGCAGCCUUCUGGACAAAGUCUUGGCUUUGAUGGAGAGCGAAGGUGCACACGACAUGGCGGGAAGUCUUCGACGCGGCGCCUAUCCCGGGGACGAAGAAUUCGCCUUUUACACGCGAGCCUUAGGCGGGGCCUUCCUUCUGACUCCACUAAGCGAAGAUAAGGCCUUUCCUGUGAUUCAUGGGGAGGGCCCUGUGCACUGCGAGCUUGGCUUCGUGUAUAGUACUGAUGGAGCCGGCUACUCUUCUGGCCAUUACGUGCUGCUGCGAAGCUGGGCGCCCGACCAGAAGAUUGCACAGCCAGCCGCCAGGAUGUCGCUGUCGGACUCGGACUCGGACUCCAACGCAAAGCUUCAUUGCCCUCCGGAGAGAGCUGGGGCCCCACCCCUCGCUGAUGACGCCGCCAGUGAGACGGAUGACGACGCAGCCUGUCACACAGACGAGGGCGACAAGUACGUCUCCGAACAUCCCAGCAGCAAACUUGACGACAACGCAGAUAAUGCCCAGGACGGCGAAGCGUCCAGGUGUGCCGACGCGGAGGGCGGGUCCACGGCCAAGCUCCAGACCACAGUGGCUGCUGCUUGCUGUGAUUCCCAGCUAAAGGAAACUCCCAACAGUGACGCGCGCAGCGGCAGCGGCCUUCUGGACGGCGCAGGCGAUGCCCGGGACGGCGAAGCGUCCAGGUGUGCCGAUGCGGAGGGCGGGUCCCCGGCCAAGCACCAGACCGCCGUGGCUGCUGCUUCUGGCGCGGCGCCCUCCAGCUGUGAUUCCCAUCUAGAAGAAACUUCACCAACGCCGACAGACAAGCGAGGCAAGCAGCUGCAGACGAGCACGUGGGCCACGGCUGCGAUGGCAUUUGGACGCACGAGCAGGAUUCUGAAAAUUAGACCCAAGUGGCUUGGACGCAUCCUGUCCGGCGAGAAAACGAUAGAGAUACGCGGAGAGGCCUGUCCGCACGAAGGUUGGGUGACGCUUGCAGAGGUCAAGACACGAAGAAUCCUAGCAAGGGCUCGAAUUGGACGGAGCCGCCGCUUGACAGAAACAGACAGGCACGAGAACCACGAAGCGCUCCGAGAAAUUUCGUACCCAGCGCCGUGGGCGUGGCCACUGGAGGAAGUCGAGGUCCUGCCUGCCCCGAUCAGCAUUCCCAGCUGGGUGGCGAAAGGCUCCGUGCGAUGGAUUACUCGCGAGAGGUGGGAGGCUUUCGACCGCGACCCGGGCCUCGAGGCGGCUCCAUUCACCCCAACUGCAUGGGCUGCGCGGCAAUCGAAGAGGCGAUCGGCCGAACAGGGCUGCGAGGAUGCAGCCCCUCAGAAGAAGCCCAAGCAGACAAUGGCGCGGAAACGCUACGCGGCCGAGCUCUGCUCCACGCAGUCAUGCAUCUUCAACCCGCAGCGCCCGGGCUCGGCAGCGCGGAGGCCACGCCUGGCCAGCGCGUGCGCGUUUUGCAGCAAGGCGACGAUGCAGACUGCGGCCGGUACGCCAGCCGGGCGAGGUCGUCUGACCAAAGCUCUCAAAGCAUUCCGCACCUGCAGCAACGGCACUGUGCACGAGAGAGCCCUGAAGCGUCUCCGGCACUGGGCACCUGCCCACGCUGCGCGAAUAGAGAAAUCGGCUACGCUAGGGCUCGCGCGACCACUAAGAUAA